CAGCCACAGAGAGCUGAGGAUGGCUGCGGGCACGGUGUAGUGUGUUUAGCGGGUGCUGGUGUGGUAGGUUAGCGGCCCGUGUAACAUUGUAGGACCGAGUGUCAAGGGAUGAACACCUCUCUCUCAUCGCCCCCCCCUCCCCUGUUGCCUCAGCGGCCAGCCUGCAAGUGUGCUACCUCAUCUCCUCGGUGUUAUAUGGCGUGCAACACUGCACUCCUCCACAGUGAAGCGUGCCACACUGCCAGGCACAGGUCGUGGCUCUGCUGGUAAUACUGGUGGUGUCCCGUGAAGGAGUUGGUGCAGCAGUCCUGCCAGACACAUGGCCGGAAAUCCUUAUCUAGUGUUUAUCGUUACUCAAGGCUUGACUGCUGACGGAGUGUAUGUGUGAGGCCAGGCCGGCCCAGUGGCCAUGUUUAACAGUAAGAGAGCCGCUUGAAUCAUGGCCAAUGUGUGAUUAUGACACUUUUUUAACAACAGCGAGGAACAACUGCAACAUAACCCGCUUGUUGAAGACUUCAACUGAGUGUUGCCAUCGUCAUGAUGGACUCCAGCGAGGCGGGCUAGAUACCUCACCUCACUCUUUUUCCAGUGCAGUAGUUAAUAUCAUCGGUAUAAAUGAUCGCCAGUGUAUUUCCAUAUCAUUAUUUCUUAUGAAUCUUUGAAGACGUACAAAUUAUAACCAUUCUUGUCGCCAGAAUGUCCCCGACGGUCUAGCCACCUGAGUUCCCUCGCAUCUAACACACUAUAAACUUGACAUCUCUUAACAUACAAACCAAGUGAGUGAAGACAGACGUCACCAGGAGAACAAGUGACUUGGUAAUGUGAGUGUAGUGAGGUGUGGCGUUUUAACACUGUUGCCAAGAGUUACCAACAACUGUGGGCGUGUUGCGGAAGUUCACUGUUACGCCCCCCGCCCCCCCACCUAGAGCCCCCGUGCCUGUGUUAAUGUUUACCUUGUGCACAUCAGGAUAUAUCAUCAUCUUGCAACAUACAAACCUCAUAUACUAACCUAACCAAACCUCAGCAACUGACCUCAACAACUACAAACCUCGACCACCUCAACCUCAUGCUUGACGUGUGUGUGUCUGUCUGUACUUCAGGUAUGACACAGAGUCAAGAUAGUUCACGUAUCUACCAUAUGGAUUAAUAUAUAAACUCUACUUAGAACCAAUAACAAAAAAGUUUCUGUUUGGGUGGAAAUAAAACGCGAUUCUGAACAUAAAGAGAGAGAGAGAGAGAGAGAGAGAGAGAGAGAGAGAGAGGAAGAAAAGAAGAUAGGAAGAAAGACAGAGGAGGAAGAGGGAGGAGGCGCCACUUGGCUCAUGGUGAGGCUCUUGAUGCUGACCCAUAAGAUGAAGGAGACUUUCAUUAUCAAAGGUUUGGCUGGGUCCGGGAUGAGCAGUAGUUACGCGGCUCAGCAGCACUACUGUCUGCGGUGGAACAAUCACCAGCACAACCUCCUGGGCGUGCUCGAGACAGUGCUAACCUCACAACAGUAUGCAGACGUCUCCAUAUUCUGUGAAGGCCAUGUCCUUCGGGUGCACAAACUGGUGCUGCUGGCAUCCUCGGCCCACUUCGAGAGGAUCCUGCAGGCGUCCCCGGAAGGUCAACAGCCGAUCAUCAUCAUGGACGGGACGCGGUAUGCUGACCUGCGGGCUCUCGUCGACUACAUGUACCGCGGUGAAGUUAACAUCGAGCAAGACCAACUCUCUUCCUUACUUAAGACCGCAGAGACGCUGAAGAUAAAAGGUUUAGCUGAUGUAGCGAGUAAGGAGGAGGAUGAUGGCGGUGGAGGGAAGGAACGUCUCCGUGAGGGCAGUGGGUCCUCCUCUACACCCCCGCCUGCCAAGAGACCCAAACCCUCUCCUGCAGACACUGCCCUUAACUUAGGGCAGGAGUGUCGAGACCAGCGGGCCCCAAGGGACCCUCGUGCAGACAUCAGGGAUGUACGGGACCUGCCAAACUUCAAUAUGGUGCCCGGAGGAUACCCACGACGACCUGCCUCCCCCCAAGGACCCGCCCUACCCUCUUCAGCCUCCCUCACUCCUGCACGGUCAUUCCUCUACUCGUCCUCCCUCAUGUCCCGCACCUCCUCCAAGAGUCCAGGCCCAGCCCUGCCAGCGCCGCCCUUCUUCCCAGGUGGGCUGGUACGACCUCGCUCCCCACACCCUCAGUACGACCCUACGGCAGGCUCGAGUCUCCUGCCGCCACGGACCUCCCCACAGUCACCAGCACCAGACACCAAGAUGGUUCAACAGCUGGGGGUUCCUCCAUUUGGGCUGCCCUUCACGCUGCCGCUCCUCCACGACUCCAAGAAGCUGCUGGAGCGUAACCCUCACAAGCUGCCGCCACCGCCCCACUACGAUCACCAUGACGACAAGGAUCGUCCCCUCCCCGUUUGGCCCCCAAGAGGUGCCUCUGACCAUGACCUCGAACGGGAACGAGAGAGAGAACGAGAGCGCGAACGAGAGCGAGAACGCGAAAGAGAUCGAGAACUGGAAAGGGAGCGAGAGAGAGAAAAUCAGAGACUGUCCGAACAAGAGCGGGAGCGGGAACGUGAGCGGGAACGAGAAAGAGAACGUGAACGAGAGAUUGAAAAGCAGCAACAGCAUCAGGACAACGGGGGAGACAGAGACAACUCCUCCUCUCAAGAGUCUGAACGACGCCAUGAUGACGAGAAGUCCAUCAGUCCUAAAGACAAGGAUAACCUUUCACCUUCUGAGGACUUCAUCAUCAGCAAGACAGAGUUGCUCACCCCGGAGGGAGAGGUGGGUGAGGAAGAGGAAGAGAACGGGGGCAGUGGAGGACGAGACAAUGGAACCUCCGAUAUUACCACCACCUCUAACAUACCUCACAACCUCUCCACCUCGUCCUCGGGCAACACCUCCACAGUUGAGUUGGUGAAAUGUCCAUACUGCCCUCGCUCAUACCGACACCAGAACAAUCUACGGACACACAUCCGGUGUUUCCACAAGGGCGUCAGGAUCCCCUGCCCCAUCUGUCACCGUGGGUUUACUCGCUGGUUCACAGUACGGUGUCACAUUGCACGGGAGCAUCAGAAUGUGGACUUCUCGCGGCCCGAGGCUCUGCCAGCCCAGCUCCGCCGUGCGCUCUACCCACCCUAUCCGGAGUAGCGGGCCUCCGUCCCUGUCACCCCGGACUCCUGCCCCACGCCGCCCAAAGUUCCUGGACUGCUAAGCAGGCGGCUCUUCACCGUCCACGUAGACGCCCCUGCCCCUGGUGUACCUGCGCCAGCCCUCCUGCUGACUGCCACAGCCUGGCUACGCACGUGUUUGGCCAGUGGCAGGACAGAGUGCAUGGGUCCAGCUGACGUGAGCCUCGGUGUGGCAGUGAGUCUGGGUGCUACUUGGUGCUCUGUGUACAGAACUUGGCCACACAGGCCAAAUGGUAUCCAUGUGUGGGUGGGCGAGCAGUAGACAGCUGAUGAAGGACCUGCUGGGUACUCGCCAGCUUCCCCAGUGUUGUAGGUGAUGCUAGUGAUAGUCAGACUGUUGGACUCGCACGUGGGUUUUUAGCUGUGCUUGUGAAGCACAGCUAAACUGUGUUAUGUAUGGUCCAUGGCCGGUGUUAUUGUAGCUUCAAGUGUGCUAAUAUCAUAAUCCCAAUACCAUAGUAUAAGCGUGGAGUCGUCAGAUGGACCUUGUUAACUGUAGGUUUUAUUUGAAAUGGUUAUAUUUUAUAGAAGAUUAAUCACAAAUCCAAAAAAGGGAUGGUAUGUUUCUUCUGUUCAUAAUCUAGUGAAUGAUUUCUGGUGUGGGUGCCUUAUGCUCAACAAAGCAAGCAUGCACAAGAUGUUUGUAGAUGUACAGUAUUAUUUUUAUAGAUGCCAACAAUAUCCCUCCAGCAAAAACACAAGCGGUCAGAGCCAGGGAGCUGAGGUUCUGUGGGGCCGCACCCUUCACCAUGUAGCAGGGACCUGAGGUCCUGUAGGGCCGCACCCUGCACCAUAUAGUAGAGAGCUGAGGCCCUGCAGGGCUGCACCCUGCACCGUGUGGUAGGGAGCUGAGUCCUGCAGGGCCGCACCCUGCACCAUGUAGUAGGGAACUGUGGUCCUGCAGGUCUGCACCCUGCACCGUGUGGUAGAGAGCUGAGGUCCUGCAGGGCAGCACCCUGUAGCGUGUAGCAGGGCGCCUGGCAGGGAGGAGAAAAACACAUGCUCCCUCUAUUUUCCAUCAUUCUAUUCAUGUCUUCAACACAGAAUGUUCCACCUGUAAUUUAAAGAUUUUGUAUGGUGUCUACAGUGUUCUGCCUCCCUGCCCUGCAUUGCAGAAAACUGCAAGCAACUUAAGAACAAGAUGCUCAGGUAUCCAUGUUGGGUGAAAAACCCAUCCUCAUCUACCUCAUGUUUUGUAUCCUUCUAGUUGUUACAGCACCUUGCUAGGUCACUUUAGAGUUUCAUUCAAGAAUUCACACACCUCACUACGUAGCCAUUGUUAGUUUCCUGACUCUAUUGGAAAAUCUUCCAGGUCAAACGUACAAAACUACAUAAUUAUAUUUUGUAUGAAGAAAUCUGGAAUGCUAACAACCACCUUAGUCACUUAGACAAACUGUCUACGACCCCGAGUGGAUAUAAUAGUCUUUGUCAGGAUACACAGUGAAAUAUUUAUAUAGUGAUUCUAGUAGACAAAAACAAAUAUAAUCUGCCGAGACUAUACCACUGACAAAAAGUCAUAGAAUUUUAGUGACAUGGCAGUCUCCUGAAAGUUACACAACUCGUUUCAAGUUUUUCAGGGAUUAUUCUAACCAAAACAAACUCAGGAAGUAAAGACGUGUACUGUAUCCAACCCUUUUUGAUAACCAAACAGGAUUAUAAUUCUCUAUAGCUGCAGUCUAUACUCUAUGAGGUGUUGUCAUUGUUAUACUAUAGUUCGUAUGAUCUUUCCAUAUAGUUUGACUUUGCUCAAAUGAAGGACACAUGGCCUAACUCAUCCAACGACUCCGGUGAUAACGGUGCUUCAAUGCAGGUGUUUUUCCUCCCUAAGAGACUCUUCAUGUUUAAGUUUAUGUUAAUUAUUUUCCUCAGCUGCUGUUCUAUGACAGGGCAUUAUUUAUCUCAGGACACAAGAAGCGGUAGUAGUCCAAAACCUCAGAGUUGAUACCCUCGGUAAAGCAUUUACUUAACUGUAAUACGUAAUUAGUGUUCAGUUGUUCUUAAUCAUUUUGCACAUUCCAGUGAGGUCACUAGACGUCACAUUGAUCUCUGGUGAGCCAGGUAUAGAGCCAAGCCACAGGUGUUGACGUACUUCUUCCAUACACUGUGGAGAAGCUGCCUCACCCGUGGAGAUAAGUGCAGGACAUCACCAGACUUGAUAGGUUCUCUCAUUUUCUUAUGUACUUUUCAUCUACAAGAAUUGAUGUUUACACAAGUUGUGACGCCAUAAACAUGUUUCAGAAUGUUGUAUUUUGGGAUUUAACUUUUUUCUUAGUCAUGACUAGUUUUGAAAAGGACGACGAUUAAAUACACUGCAGCUUAAAUAGAGAGUCAGAAGUGAAGUGAUUGAACUAGGAACGGUAGGAGUGUUGAGUUUCCAUGAUUGACUCAAGUAAGAGAGUGUGUGUGUGUAUGAGAGAGAGAGAGAGAGAGAGAGAGAGAGAGAGAGAGAGGUGAAGCAGGCGACUCAAAGCUACCUCAGUUAGUUUCUCACAUUCUCCUCAAUGUCUCAGAAUAUUUCAUACAGUUGUUGUCACUUAACUCAGGACUACCGAUACAAACUUGUAUUUUUUGUGAAUGUUUUUUAUUUGUGUAUGUUGUUGCAAUAUGUGUGUGUGUUCGUUAUUAGUUUGAGUCUUAACUUAGUUCUAGGUGUGACAAAGUUUUGCAUAACAAUAAUGCAUACGGCGGUUAGUCAGGAGGAUCACACAGAGGCGUGGGUUGGGUCUGUUUAUGUUUCUCCCCCUCAUGCCCCCACCUGUAGUGUGUGUGUCACCUCUCCCUUAGCUCCCUUACCUGUAGUGUGUGUGGGCGGGCCAUUCCCCCCCUAACCUUCUUCACCUCACAAUGCCUCGAGGCACAUCCAUGCAUAAAAAAACUUUCGAUAUAUAAUGGUGUAGCUCCAUGUGGAGUAACAGCACCUUUAUUCCCCAUCAAAGAAGCCAGUUGAGACCUCAGGAUCUACCUCGACGUAAUCCCUCUACCUCUGUUGGUCAGUAACAUCUGUGUUCCUAACAAACUCCUGCCAGUCCCAGCAGAGAGUAACUUUACAGUACUGUGUAUACUUGACAACAUGAGAUACUGCUGAGCGGAGCACGAGUAUCCCUUUGUGUGGUCCUCAU